CCCGAGCGCGGGGCGUGGCCUGCACGCUGAGCGGGCCAGCCAGGUCCCAGACCCCAGGAACGUCAUCGGGGACUUCAAAAUGCUGGGGCUUUAAAAAAGACAGCAACGGUGUAGAGAAGAAAAAUCACCGGAUACAAAAUAAAAAAACGCAGAGAUCAGAAUUUCUCAGUGGGGACACAGGAAAGUGAAAGGUAACAGAGCCACAGCCUCGAGAUUCUUUAAAAUGUUUUCUUCUGGGAUUCUUCAUCCAUACAAACUGUCAGCCAGAUGUAAGGCUCAAACAAAGAGGCUUGAAGAUAGGCAAGAUAUCAGUGCUGUGCCUCAGGCACGUCCUCCUUGGGAAGUUCCUGGGUGCGCGCACCACGUGAGCAAGGACGUGCGCGGAGCUGGAUGUGGAGCGAAGGGCACGGGAAGUCUCCAAGGGGAUUCUUGAGACGCAGUCAGCCACCCGUCAAGAGGGGAGCCCGCUCCAUCUGCUCAGAAGAGCCACCACCACCACCAGGCCACGUCUGCUUGGUGCCCGCUCAUGCCCUGGGGCUGCCGUAACUGGGCAGCCCACCGCAGACGCCCUCUGCAGACCGGUGGAAGAUGCAACGAGCCCGUGCAGACAGGUUCUAUGGCCUGGGCGUGGUCACUCCUGGGGGUGCCUUAUCUCCACUGACGGUCGCAGUCCUCUCGGCUGUGAGUCUGAAAGGCCCUGACUUAGCUCCGAGGAAGCAGAGGAGAGAAGCAGGGCACUCCAGUCCUGCAGACAGCCCAGGGAGAAGCCACACCGCCAACCCCAGGCCGCGCGUGCCCUUGGGAGAAGUCCAGCAUGGCGGCACCUGCCCCUGCGUCCUUCCCGGCUUUGCCUCACGGGCGCCGCCACCUCUCAGGGGGACCGAUGCCUUGAGGAGCUUCGUCUCCUGGUCUCCAAUCGCUCCAUCGUCUCUCCUGGCCUCCUGGCCUCCCGCCUGCCUCCCUCCUGGCUCGGCCACCCCUCACUCUGAUCUUGGAAGAGUUACCGGAACCCAGUUUCAGCCUCCGCUGCAUUGGGGGUGGGCGCCAGGCCCAGCACCACCGGACCUGCCCGGGGCGUCCAGCCCCGCCAGGCCUCACAACCCACGGGCUCUAGCUGCGUCGGGACAUUGCUGUUGCCCGGGACAGCAAGCUACUGAAAAACGCCAAUUCUGUCACGUUCUGCUUCUAAACUCGUGCCGAAGAAGGAUCGGGUCAGACCCCUCUACUGACUUACUCGGAGUGGGAGCCGGUUGGAGGGAAGGCUGCCUUGCUGACGCGCAAAGGCCUGGGUCCCGACACAGCGACUUACGGGAAACCAAGUUGAUUUCCCUAGGGCAGACGCGCUCUGAAGAGAAGGGUGAGAACGUUUGUGAGAGUGUCAGUCUACAUGAUGUGAGAGACUUCCUCUCCUCUUUCGGGCCAUCGAGGUCCCCAAGGAGGGGAUUUGUGGGAGCCACAUUUCCUGAAUGUCGUUAUUUCUCCUCGGAUAACUUAAGGUCCGAGGAGACUGCUUUGGCGUUGGAGCAGAUCCUUGUGCUUAAAGUCAUCUUGUCACUGGAGGGGAUCUAAAGAGGCCUUAAGAGGGGACCUCAACUGUCACAGGAAGAAUUUCAGGACAAGUCGAAAGCAAGACACAGGCAGAGACUCACGUGCAGCGUGAAGUAGCACCAAAGAAUGCCGAGGAAGGAAAGGAACCAGUACCUAGGACUUGUGCCGAGUGACCUGAACUCAGAGUCGUCCAGAGAGCUCUCCUGCAUUUAAAAUAUCUGGGUGUGGCAGCACCCGCCAACCCGACAGUUAGGAGGCUGGUCUGUUUUUAUAACUCCAGGUAGAGUUCAUUUUAAAUAGGAGAAGGAGGAGGAGGAGAAGGGGAGGAAGAGAAGAAAAGGAGGAAGAAAGCAGAAUUCUAGAGCUUGUACAAAAGCUCCCUAGGAGAACUCACGUAGCAAGGUUGUGAGCAGCUCCUUCGAGGAGAUGUUGGAAUUCAGGUUCCACGUACUUACCUUGCGGUCCAGAGCUCAGGGCGAUUCCAGGCUCCUCCACCUUCAGCUUUGCCACUGGGCUCCAUUGUGUCUGCUGUGGAUGGUGGCAUCCAGGACGGUGGCAUCCAGGAUGGUGGCCUCCAGGAUGGUGGCAUCCUCUCUUCUCCUGGGCUCUGCUUGGCUCUCAGUGGCCACAGCACAGAGUGUUAUCAGAACCUUUGAGAUAGGAGCUGGCUGGGGAAGAGCCAGCAAAGGCCAGGCCUGGCCCUUGGGGACCGAGUUUGCUUUCCCAGUCGG